AAAAAGUGAUCGGAGAUAUAUCUCUCGAUCGAGCUGCUAUCUUAUUGAACAUGCACAGAGAGUGGAUACUGCUUCAAAGCUUUCGACGAAAAAGAGCUACCCUCUCUGUCCAUAUUCGACUUCGCUGUAAUUCCAUUGAAAAAAUGCCGCGGGAAACAGUGACAGAGUAGAAGUUUUCCGGAUAUAGUAGUUUCAUUUGUCCCGGUGUAAGAAGUCUAAGGCUUCAGAUUCCUACGGGCCCUAAGCGGAACAAUCGAGCUCAUAGUGGAAGUCUUUGCCGGAGUUCUUCCGUUGGAGUUUCGGGUAUUCAAGUUUGUAUUAUUCUCUCUGUAAGGGGUAAAGUCUAAGAAAGAUUUCUAUUGGGCAUGCAACACUCCCAGAAUAACACCUUGCAGUGUUAGAACUUAUCUAUUGGAAGUAAUAAAAAGGAGGCAUUUUCCGGCUAGACAAGUUAGGCUUUUCCGGGACAGGAGGUAACUGCUCUUAAGGAACCACAAAGUCAGAACUUUCCCCGCUCUAUGUUCUCAGCCAAUAACUAUCAGACUGGGCCUAUUAGCUCUGAACUCUUGGAAGAAUGUCUAGGUAAAAAAAAAGUGGUUUCUUUAGCUUAAAGUCUCUCUCUUUUCCUAGAACUCACGUUAGUCGGUCAAAGAUUCCGUUGGAAAGGUAGAUGACAUUUCUGCUCUCGAGGAACGCCUUCCUUGAAGUUGAGAGCUUAGACCCGAGUUCUUUCUUUGACUUCUAGUAUGAGUGUGCCAAGGCAUUCUUUCAAGUAGCAAGGAAAGAAGCUCACUAUUCUUUCGUUCAAAGUUAGGGAAUUUCCCAAAAUGGCUUGCGGAAGAGCUUUUCUUUACUAUAUAUGCAUCAGAUCUAUCUUAUCGGAUCGGAUAAAGACAGUGACUUGCACAACAAAUCUGGACUUGCUUGCUCUCAUUCCUGAGGUUGAACCAGUCCCCCUUUCCUCGUUAUUCUGGCCUAUCGCUUUUGCCCUUGACAGAGAUAGAUUCUUUCCAUAGUGUCAAUGUUUCCCCUGGUCUUUCCCACCGGAAAUUCCAAAAGAAUAACACCAUGAAGUUUAUCCACGAAGUGAAUUGAUUAAGUCUUCUCCGUAGGUAAACCUUUUUCCUAGAACUUCCCAACUCAAAUACGACUUUGUUUUCAAGGCAAAUCCAUUGGACAGAUCCUUGCUUUUUGAAUCCACAUGAGGAAAGAUCUUCUCGAGCUUUUAUCUGUUUAUAUAAAAAGGCAUAGGACUCCCUACUUGCAAGAGUGCCAGACGUAGACUUGUGCAUGGCCAUUGGUGGUGCUUCUGCAUUCUUCCAAAGGACCUCUUAUCGAGUCAUUUGAUACCUUUGGAAUUUUUUUCUCUCCUAUUAGGGACCUCUUUCCGUUGGGAGCUCUCUCUGUUGGUAUUACCACUGCACUCGGUCAGUGACUCUUUCCUUUUGUGAACCGGAGCUUCUUACUAACAGCUACUUGACCACAGUCACUCAGUUGUCUCCAGGGCUUUGGUUUUAGAGAGAUUUCCUAGUGCUAUUCUUACAGCUUGCCUUACUAAUUAAUGUGCCCCUUUGCUACUGCUGCCAUACCACAUUCAGUCCAAUUGGCCGUACUAGAUAGAUAUCAUAUUUAUGGAAUACGAUUCACUCCGAUGAACGCCUUGGUGGUGAAAUGGUAGACACGCGAGACUCAAAAUCUCGUGCUAAAGAGCAUGGAGGUUCGAAGAACGCCUCUUCAAGGCAUAAUAUUGAAAUUGAAUAAGUUCGGCAGCGGAUCGCAAAAUCUUGGCGAUCUUCUCUAUCUAAUAAAUGGGGAGGGGGAGUCCGCUUUGAAAUCGUCCCCCCUGCGCCCCGCAGUAUAUGAUUCAACAGGAAUCACACAAGGGUAGACUGAUACAAUCUAAACCUCUGGUAAAAUGCCCCCCGUAACCCAGCAGAUAAAGUACAUUACAUAGUCCGUUUUAGGGAUUGGUGACUUACCCAUUCAGUGACUUUGGCACUGGAUGGACGUUACCAAAAUUGGUUACUAUCGGGUCGGGUGAAUGAAAUAAUAGACGCCUGGUGGCAUUCCAGCCUUCCUUCUCCUUUAAGGACCUAUCCUAAAGAGAAUCCAGUACUUCUUGGUCGUGAAUAUCUGAAUAGGGCGAACCACUCCGUGGAUAUCUUGACUUCGGAACAAAAAAAUUAUAAUUAGGCUCGGUCAACUGGAAUGUGUAUUAUCCAUAUAGGGGAUCUUCCAAUUGAGAAGAUCCAUCGAGCUGAGAGGAAGAGAAAAGUGUAUCUAUUUUAUUUAGUUAUUCAGUUGAUUCAUUAUUGGAAAAGAUAGCAACAACAAUUUCAUCCGACAUGCGAAUUUUUUAUUUUCCAAUGGAUUUCCAUCUUUCAUUAAUGAAAUUUUUUUUGAUGUAGUGAGUACUAGCUCUGGUUGUUCGCUGUUCAAGAAUUCUUGUUUAGGCAGUUCAUACCAUCCAUACAUAGUGUUUUGAUCUAAGAUUUCAAUUCUUCCAUGUUUCAGUAGUACCAUAUUGUUCCAUGGAGCUAAGUGGAAGAAACAGGUGUUUCUACAACUCUACCACCCAGUCAAUUCCGUUCCACUUAAUCCCUAUUUCAUGGCCACAUAUCUUCCCAGCUAAGUAAUGGGAAACCUUUCUCCUGUUACAUUACAUGAAUCCUAAUUUCAUUUCAUCCAGUAAAAGCCAUCUUUUUUUCAACAAUGUCUUUGUCAUUCGAUCCAAUAGCGUUCCGUUAGAUAGGAACAUAUUUGAUAAAUACUGAUAACUCUCGGAUAGAGUAUUAGAACGGAAAAAUCCAUUAGAUAAUGAACUAUUGGUUCUAAGCCAUCUCUGGCGCUGAAUCAACAAUUCGAAGUGAUUUUCUUGCGUAUUAUUGAUAAACCAGCUUUUAUAUAAGAUGUAGGAGGAUCUGUUUGGGAAGUAAGAAGCCCCUUUGACAUCUCUUCAUCUGCAAAGAAUUCUCGAUGUGAAAACACAGAGACAAAGGGCUGAUCUUUGAAUAGGAAAAAGAGUGGAUCUGCAGGGUCCCAAAUGAAUUGGCUUAUUCUAAAAAAGCCUUGUUCUUUGGAAGACCUAUCUCGUCUUGGUUCCGCUCUGCAAGAACUCCAAAUCAUUCUCUUGAAGCUCAUACUUUUCAUCAUAAAUGAUCCGCUUGCCCCGAAAUGACCAGGCCAAAUAGGGAAAUCCCAAUUCAUUAGGCCUUUCGAUACAAUCAAAUAGAAAGCCCCGAGGGCGCCAUAUUCUAGGAGCCCAAACUAUGUGAUUGAAUAAAUCCUCCUCUAUCUGUUCCGGGUCGAGGACUCCAUCUCCUUCCCCUUCUUCAAACUCCGAUUCGUUUCAUAGAGAAAUCUCUGAUCAACGAUAGAACAAGAUCCAUUUUUCAUCAUAUAUAAGGGGAUUCCUUGGUUCGGACCGAAAAAGCAAAGUCACUCGAUCAUUAUCAAACUUACUGCAAUCUUGGACUUUCUCCCCCCUCUCCUCUCGUUUCACUCGAGUUAUUGAAACCUCUCGCUACGCUUCAAGUAAUCAAUACCUCUCCUUUUAUUCGAGUUUGUUUUACAACCUCUCCUUUUCAGUCGAGUCACUAGGGUGCCUCGAAACAAGUUCUCGAGUCACUAAAGUGCCUAAAGGCUGAGUGACUAAAUACCUUAUUGAAAACUAAAGCGCUAACGCGCCUUAUAUUAUUUAGUAAAGCAACCUUUCGCGCUAGGCGCUCAUGUUUUUUUUUGUCGGGGUGGAAGCUGGCGGCAGGGCUUGCUUUUUUCGGAUAGACAGAAUUGGGAUCUCUCUCGCAUGCAAGCAUUUCUAUCGGGAAAACCUCGCUUAUUCAAUUCAUAGGGCUGAUUAUUUAUCAGCCUUUUUCUCAUAAGCCAGUAAGUGUUUGUAGGAGGGGCGGGAUUAUGAUGAGUAUAUAAAUCAAAAGCAAAAAAGAAAAAAUGGCAAGAGAAAUUUGAUAUCGAUGGAGGCGUUCCUCGGAUGUGGAAAAGAGGGCAGAGAUUCUCUACAAUGAGACCGCAGCCCAAUUGAAAUGGAUGUAGCGCAGCUUGGUAGCGCCUUUGUUUUGAGUCAAAAAUGUCACAGGUUCGAAUCCUCAAAUGAUAGGAUCAUCUGAGACUUCUCCUGUCAUCCCUCUACCUAUUCUUUCUCCUCUAAGCAGUAAGGAGGGAUCAAUUUGAGAUCGAUUCAAAUUGGACAUAGAUAAUCUUUCAAUUUCUCAUAUUAUAUAUAAUAGUAUAGGCGUGGAAAAUUUAUUGGGGUUAUAAAAAAAAAAAAAGAAUCCUCGUCUUUACAGUCUUGUUAAUUGUGAUAAGAAAGCGCUCUUAGUUCAGUUUGGUAGAACGUGGGUCUCCAAAACCCAAUGUCGUAGGUUAAAAUCCUAAAGAGCGUGAUUCCGUUGCUCUUGUUAGGUCGAACAUUAGACUGAACUCAAAUAAUUGAACAUCACUAAUCUUUCCAUUGGGUGUCUGCCUAUAUGGCUAAUUCGUCUAGAUCUGAUCAAGAUACUUUCCCAGGGGUUCCUCCACUCACCCAUUGGUAACCUAGGGAACUCACAAGCGCUUGCACUGGAACAAGACAUAUCAGCUAAUCCGCUUCCGUACCAGAAACCUCUGAUAGCAGCAGCAGUUAAAAGAGGUAGGGGAAUGGCAUUUUGAGAAUCUCCUUUUGCACCCCCGGAAAGUACUGAUAUUAGAUUGAGUACUACAUCCCACAAUAGGUAUUUGCUUUUCUUCUUUAUCGGUCGUCAAAGAGAGAAGAAGGAUUGGCACAAUUGAUUAACUAGCUGACCUUCCAGCCCGCAUCUAAGGAAAGCUAUAGGGAAGACUCUACCGUAACGAAGCCCUAAAAUAUCAUAGCAGUAAGCGUGCCUAUAACCUAUAAGGGGAAUAGUCUUAAGCUACUUUCUUCUUGAUGCUCUGUAAGCACCAUAAGGUAAUGAAUUCUUCUUACUCUAACAACUGGCUAUUUUUGAUUCUGCUUUUCCACCUAGACACCUACUUCAACGUGCGUAGGCCUCUUCUCCUAUGUCGUAGCGGAGUAGCUUUGUCCGUCAUUUAGCAUCAGUUCUGAAGAGGCUGCAGCAUCUGUUGUCACUUUCACCACCCCACUGUCCCUUUGCUACUUAAGCUGCUAGCUCGAUAUUAUGGUCUGGCUUUCCAGAAGGGGUUAUAUUGGAUUAUCUAUAGGGGAGGCUCUAAGACCCUUAUAUCGAAAGAUUUGAUUUGCUAUUUGAGUUUCGAACCUUGAUUACUUUGACUAUAUUACUAGAUCGAUAGCCAAAACUACUCGAAAAAAGAAUAGGAGAUUAUCCUCUUCAUUCGUGGAGUGUUCUCCUCGUUGGUUAAAUGUUAGGAUGGACCACCUAGAAUAAAUGGGAAAGCCUUCUACCUGAAACCUUCUACUUAGUCCCACAAAGAGAGAUAGAUGCAACAUACCGUAGUGCUCCCCAGCUAAACCUUCGACAUGCAUUGGAGCAAGGCGGAUAACCUUCUAAUAGGGGCCAGGAGGUAAUUUAUUAGAUUUCGAGAUAGCUCUCACCUUCCCAGAAAAAGAUUCAUUCUGUCUUAUUCAGGUUCGGAAGAAGAAGGAUCAGCAGAACAGGAAUCUGUCCGCCGGAUGAGGUUGGUCUACGAUCAAAGCUCAGAAGAUGAUCGCCCGGAAAGUUUCUUUCGUCAAACCUCUCCCACGCCCAAUCUUUACAUUAAUGGAUGGACACCGCCAAAUACUAGAACAGGAAUCUGUCAAUGUCGACCACAAGAUAAAGAAACCAAUGCAAGCAUUAGUUCCACAACGAAUCGGCUUAUAGUUAUUCCCGGCACUCGGCGCAUGUCUUUGAUCAACCCCGGUUCCGUCACUCGUAUCUGAUUGAACCAGUACUUCCUUUCCGCCGUUCCUAGGGACCACCCACUCCCGGUCCCAUGAGUGAUCCGAGACAGUAUGCGGAGAUUAAUCGGUCUCUUUUGGUUCUCAUUCCAAAAGUUGAGCAGCCUGUUAGCAUAAAAAUUGCAAUUAUCCUCCUUCUAUUCGUUCUGGAUACGGGCCUAGUCCUGAGUGCACAAACAACGGGAUUGGUCCUGGGAUUAGCAGCAAAAUUCCUCGGCAUCUCAUCCUCCUGUUGCUAGUCAUUUCCUAAAGAAUCGAAGGUUCAGCCGACGCCUCGAAGUAGAUUUGUUGUGUGAAGGGUGCGACCGGGAUUUAGAGUUAGAAUAGCGGGGAAGACUUGACCUCAGGCAGCGUGGAACCAGUUUAUUUCAUUCGAUGUAGUGGUCCGAUUGCCUAGUGGAAGCUCUGAGGCACUUGAUUCUUGCGUACGCUCGGCUCCUCUACCAAUCACCACAGCGCGAGAUGCGCAAGAGUGACCCAUCUCUCCACACCAACUGGACCAUACAAUACACUCUUUAUAAAAAAAAAAGAUUUGGAACCGAAAGAUAGCAAAUAAAUUGACUUCCAGAGCGGAAGGGAAUACUUAACCACGCCUCGAGUCCCAGUCUCCUAGUGGUGAGAUGGUAAAGGGCAAUGUCCGGUUCUGGCCAAGAGAUGUCUUUGCUCCGUCCCCCUUCUUGUUGGUUGGCACAAGCCCUUGUAGUAGUAAGUCUUUCCUCCGGCCGGAUCGGAUGUUAGAGUCAAUUCCAUUGUAGGUUUGACCAUUAAGUGAAUGCAAAUAUAGGUAGAAUUUGAAUCAACGACCUAAGAGUCUUCUUUUGCCUAUCGUAGUUACCUUGAUGUGAUAAAUGGUCCAACUUUCUUGAAAGAUAUUAGAUCUUGAAAGUCCUGCUCAUAUACAUACUAAUAUGAUCGCUACCAGGUCAUCCCACUACACACCAUCAAGCAUAAGCAACCACUACUGAAGCUAUCAACUCAAUUCUCUCGUUCGAAUGAGGAGAUAGAUAAAAGAAACAAAACUCUAUAAAACAUCAUACGAGAAGAAGAUUUUCAUUCCAGCUUAAAUAAGUAAGACUUGACUCUUUAAAAAAUUCCGAUCAACAGACUGGAGGGAUGGCUGAGUGACUUAAGGCAUUGGUUUGCUAAAUCGACAUACAAGAAGAUUGUAUCAUGGGUUCGAAUCCCAUUCCCUCCGGCGUGGGAGUGAAACAGGCGGGCAAAAUGAGAAGAGCACUACUUAGUGACUAAGAGCGGGGAGCCCGUUGCGCGUAGCGGGCGGAUGUAGCCAAGUGGAUCAAGGCAGUGGAUUGUGAAUCCACCAUGCGCGGGUUCAAUUCCCGUCGUUCGCCCAUAAGGGAUAGGUACUCAUUCACAAACAACAAAGAUAGAAUAUGAAGGGAGACCGGGCACCCACAACGGGUCAGAGAAGGAAGUCAAGACUAAAAAAGACCCCAAAGAAUGCCUCUAGAUGCCUCUUCCAAUACCAGGACAAACUCCACACAUCGGAAGUAUGAACGCUGCACAGAGUCAUACCAGUGAUUUGGAGGAAAUCUCUCGAAAAAGUAUUUAGCGCCCAUUUUGGCCAACUCUCUAUCAUCUUUCUUUGGCUGAGUGGCAUGUAUUUCCAUGGUGCUCGUUUUUCCAAUUAUGAAGCAUGUCUGAGCGAUCCUACUCACAUUGGACUUAGUGCUCAGGUGGUUUGGCCAAUAGUGGGCCAAGAAAUCCUGAAUGGAGAUGUGGGCGGAGGCUUCCGAGGAAUACAAAUAACCUCUGGCUUUUUUCAGAUUUGGUGAGCAUCUGGAAUAACUAGUGAAUUACAACUUUAUUGUACCGCAAUUGGCGUAUUGGUCUUCGCAGCCUUAAUACUUUUUUCUGGUUAGUUCCAUUAUCACAAAGCAGCUCCAAAAUUGGCUUGGUUCCAAGAUGUAGAAUCUAUGUUGAAUCACCAUUUAGCAGGGAUACUAGGACUUGGGUCCCUUUCUUGGGCAGGACAAUCCAGUACAUGUAUCUUUACCGAUUAACCAAUUUCUAAAUGCUGGAGUAGAUCCUAAAGAAAUACCACUUCCUCAUGAAUUUCUCUUGAAUCAGGAUCUUUUGGCUCAACUUUAUCCAAGUUUUGCUAAAGGAGCAACCCCGCUACGCCCCUUGAAUUGGUCAAAAUACUCGGAAUUUCUUACUUUUCGUCGCGUCUUCGAUCUAGCAGUCUUGGACAAUUGUUUUGAUGAGCUGUCACUAAACUAAAAAAAGAGAGAAGAGAAUGAACUGGGAAUGGGCGCCUGGUUGCUUGCUUACCAAGCCAUCCUGGUAAGCACCUCCAGUUCGAUUAUUAUUCUUGACUUGACUUUGUAUAAAAACAACUCACUAUCAAAAUGAAAGACGAUCGAUUAUCUACCCAAGAAGAUAGAGAGUCCCACAUACGAGAAAAGGUCACAAAUAGAGUUGAACCAAGUAACAUUUCGAAGGCAUAAUGAUA